AUGGAUCCCACUAAAGCACCCGAUUUUGAGCCUCCUUCGGAGAACAAAACGCCAAAUCCGCCUUUGGCUCCACAAUCCACCAUUCCCAAAAGUGGGCCAAUAAUGCCUUUUGUUUUGGCGGAUUAUAACGCUUCUAUCGAUGCCCCGAUACAUCCUCGAACAUAUAAAAAACAUUCAAAGGUGGGUCGCAGGGUUUCUACCGCUCAUCAUGGCUCAAUCCCAUUGAAGCAACCUGAACUGCAGCCAGCGUCCCAUGAAACGUCGGAAGAAGAAGAGGAGCCCCCUCAGGUCGAGGACGAGAGCGAUCACGAACACGAUAACGAUUAUAUUCAGUACCACCACCACCAACUCCAUGAUCACGACAGUAGGUUGGAUGUUGACAACGACAACGAAAGCAUCAAAACACGUACUCACGUCGAACGCCCCACUCCUAGCCCCAAUGCCAGCUUUACCAACGUUCACAGCGCCCAUCAAUCCACUCGUGCGGACCUCGCUCGUCAGUUUACCGAGCAAAUGAACCAAGCUGCCCCUGAAGAGGAAAAAAUCGAGUAUAUAGGCUCCCGGAUUCACAAGUAUCAGAUUGCAGACCUUGAGGAGGUCCCGCAUGGAGUUGUACGCCAGGCGUCGACAUUGGAUCAGUAUAGCUUUCCUGCCCACCGCCUACAAAAGCAGCUUAGAAAUCCGAACAAACUGCCUUUGAUUGUAGUGGCCUGUGGUUCAUUUUCUCCCAUAACGUACUUGCAUUUGAGAAUGUUCGAAAUGGCCCUGGACUCCAUCUCCGAACAAACGAGGUUUGAGGUUGUUGGUGGUUAUUAUUCUCCGGUGAGCGAUAACUAUCAGAAGCCUGGCCUAGCGCAUGCUCGCCAUAGAGUGCGGAUGUGCGAACUUGCCUGCGAACGUACAUCCUCGUGGUUGAUGGUCGAUGCUUGGGAAUCAUUGCAACCAACUUACACUCGAACCGCCAAAGUCUUAGAUCAUUUCAACGAUGAAAUAAAUGUCAAAAGAGGUGGUAUUGCUACUGCGUCAGGCUCUCGGGUCGGCGUCAAGAUCAUGCUGCUGGCUGGCGGAGACCUUAUCGAAAGUAUGGGUGAGCCCAAUGUCUGGGCCGAUUCAGACUUGCAUCAUAUUUUGGGUAAUUAUGGAUGUCUCAUUGUUGAAAGGACCGGAUCCGACGUUAGAUCUUUUUUGCUGUCGCACGAUAUCAUGUAUGAACACAGGAGAAACGUUCUUGUUAUCAAACAACUCAUCUACAAUGAUAUUUCUUCUACUAAAGUUCGUCUCUUUAUUCGUCGUGGUAUGUCAGUCCAGUACCUUCUGCCCAAUAGUGUCAUUCGCUACAUCCAGGAACAUGGUCUGUACGUUAAUCAAACGGAGCCUGUCAAGCAAGUCAUGGGAAACAAAGAAUGA